AUGGCAGGUAUUUGCAAGCAUUCGUUGGGAUUGGGAGUUGUGGCCAUGGUUGCCACUGUCAUUCUUGCUCUUUCCAUGCCUGCUGCUGUUCAGGCUCAAACUGCAGCCCCUGCACCUGCCCCUUCUAGCGACGGGUCGUCUCUUGAUCAAGGGAUAGCAUAUAUGUUGAUGUUGCUGGCUCUGGUACUCACAUACAUCAUCCACUCUGCCUAA